GAUUUUGGCCAAUGCGGCAGCAGCCAAUCGGCGGGCGGCGCUGCUGUUGCUGUUGCUUGUCAUGCUUUGUCUGUCUGCUGUGGCCGAGUGAGGUUGUCCCCGGUGGUGCAAUCCGCAACCAGCCUCGUUCGACGCUCUUCGGCGGAGGUCCACCGACUUCCAUUUCCUUCCAGCCGCUUCUCCAUGACAUGAGGGCGGGCCCAUCGAGGCCAUCGUCGGAUUGGGAAGCAGCUGUCCGCCCCAGCACCCCCAGGGCUGCAUCAUGCUCAUCCCUGCAUAUGCCCAUCCCUGCAGCAGGCGGCAUCAUUGAUAUUGUCGGCGUGCUCUCAAGAGCUACAUUGCCGUUCCGCCACAUCGCCGGCGGCUGCGAUUCACAUCGACUCGCACAUCCCUCUCACGGCAUCACCCCGCGCGAUCUCAGCCGCCCCAGGAUGUACUGUCUGCUCUCGUCGAGUUCGGCUUGCUCGUCGGCGUCUUGGGCCCGAUACUCUCCGAAUACAGUCUGUCCGAACGCUGCGUGCCACGACUCGUCGAGCUCCCGCUGCAGCCAAGAGUAUCUCGUUGCCGACACCAGCCCGUCCGGCACGAACUGGGCUUCCAGCAGAUCGAAAUACCCUCGCAGCUCGCGGAAGCUGGGCCGGCCAUUCCGCUUCCACAGCCGGAGACUGGAUUCGUCCAGAGCCCUGGCGCGCGACGGGUUCAGCUCGAUGGCAUCGUUGGUGCGGACAGCGUUGGGCUCGUUGCUGCUGUGUCGGGGCGGAGUCGCCAGCACGAAAUCAACGCUGGUUGUUCCUGCCGGUCGUGGGAUCUGCACCAGGUUUCGGAGAAACUGCGGCAGCUCUUCCUUCAUCGCAAAGACCAUGAGCUCGUCAAUCUCGCUGCGGCUGAACCGGGUCGCUCGACUCUGGCCGCUGGCUCGGGGGAUUCUGGCCAACGGGAACAGACUGGCCAGAUGCAUGACCAUGAACCGUCCCGACAAUGGCACGCCGAGACGGUUCGCCGUUCCUGCAUACAACCAGAGAAAGCACGUUGGGCUCAGCACAUUGGGUCUCGGCGCAUUGGUCCAGCACGGCCAUUCCAUCGGAUUGCACUGUGGCCUCCCGGUCUGCACGGCCUUGUGCCUCGGUCUGUAGUCCAGUACGUACGGAUGCUAGACCGGCUUUGCUGUGCGUGGAGGCUGAACCAUCGUGCCCGAAGGGCUGUCUGUCCCAACACUCGAUGGAACUUGUGGUUCGUGCUGCCGAGGUUCAGGAACGCUUGAAUGUCGCUGAGGUGCUCGGCGACCUGCAGAAUGAGCUCCUCUGGAAGGUUAUCGAGGCCGGGCUGGCUGGCUUGAGACAUUUGCGUUGGUCGUCUGGAUCGGUGUAUGAGUGUGCUGAUCGGGCUGGCGGCGAUGAUGUUUGAGCUGGCGA